AUGAGAGAAGAUGAAGAUGAAGGGGUAAUGAAAAUGAACAUCCACUAUCCUUCUAAAUCCGGUGGGUUCAUCGUGACAAGUGCAUCCGAAAUUGCUUCCAUUAUCGAAUUGGAAAGCAAAAAAGAAGACAUGAUGAUGGGACUGCGAAGGAGUCAAAAAGUGUUAGACGAGGGUAAGAGACAAGCAUGCCUAGCACUUCCUCUCUUCUCGGUGGGUCUCUUACAGUACAGUUUGCAAACCAUCUCUGUCAUUUUUGUCGGUCAACUUGGUACCUUCCCUCUCUCUGCUGCUUCCAUGGCCACUUCCUUCGCUUCUGUCACAGGCUUCUCCUUGCUGAUGGGAUUAGCAAGUGCUCUGGACACCUUUUGCGGUCAAUCAUAUGGAGCGGGACAGUUCCAUAUGCUCGGAAUACACUUGCAGAGGUCCGUGUUUGUCCUUUCACUGAGCAGUGUACUGCUUGCAAUAAUCUGGGCAAACACAGAACCAAUUCUUGUGGCUAUGAAGCAAGACAAACUCAUAUCAAAAGAAGCAGGAUCAUAUGCCUAUUGCAUGAUCCCAAGCCUCUUCGCAUUUGGUCCUCUUCAGUGCAUUAUGAAAUUCUUGCAAACCCAGAACAUUGUCCUCCCCAUGCUGCUAACUUCUGCAAUUGCAGCUCUGUUUCACAUCAUCUUUUGUUGGGUUUUGGUGUUCAAAUCUGGGCUUGGGAGUAAAGGAGCAGCCAUAGCGAUUUCUCUGUCUUAUUGGGUAAAUGUGGUGUUAAUGGCACUGUAUGUGAGGUUCUCUUCUUCCUGCAAACUUUCAUGGACUGGUUUCUCAAAGAAGGCUCUCAACAAUGUCCUUGACUUCCUUAAACUUGCCGCUCCUUCUGCUAUUAUGCUCUGCUUGAAAAUGUGGACGUUUGAGCUGAUGGUCCUCUUGUCAGGCCUUCUUCCUAAUCCAACCCUACAGACUUCUGUGCUUUCAAUAUGCCUCAAUUUGUUUGGUGUAGCUUGGAUGAUCCCCUUUGGAUUCAGUGCUGCAGUAAGCACACGAGCGUCAAAUGAACUAGGGGCUGGGAAUGCAGAAGCUGCAAAUUUAGCAGUUCUGGUGGUGUUAGGCAUAGCCUUAAGCGAGGGUACGUUAUUACUUGUACUGAUGAUUCUGCUUCGGAAUCUGUUGGGACGAGUUUACAGCGAUGACAAAGAAGUAGUGAGACGUGUGGCCUCCAUGAUGCCAGUUUUGGCCAUUUCUAGCUUCCUUGAUGGGGUCCAAAGUGCUCUUUCAGGAAUUGUGAGGGGGUGUGGAUGGCAGAAGAUUGGAGCGUAUGUGAACCUGGCAUCCUUUUAUGUUGCCGGCGUACCUUGUGCGGUUAUAUUAGCUUUCGUUGUGCGCAUGAAUGCCAAGGGGCUGUGGUUGGGGAUCGUGGUUGCUUUAACACUGCAGGUGGUAUUUUUCAUUGUGAUUACAGUUCGCGCUGAUUGGGAGAAAGAAGCAAAGGAAGCUCGGAGUAGAGUAGAGUGUUCAACUAUAUCCCUCACGGGCACUGCACCAAGUGAUCAAAUAUUACCAUCUUAA